AUGUCCGGAAUUAUCGACAAGACCAAGGAGGCCGUCUCCAACGCCGCUGAGGCCGUCAAGGACAAGUACCAUGACUUGACCGGCGAGAAGGAGUACCACAAGGAGGAGGCCAAGGAGAAGGCCCAGGACGCCUGGGACCAGACCAAGGCUCGCGCUUGUGAUAAGAAGGAGGAGGCCAAGGACUUUGCCGCCGAGAAGCUCCACCGGGGAGCCAGGAAGAUCGAUGAGCAC